CAAUAUGAAGGGGACUUGCAGACAGACAGAUUUGCAGGCUACGAGGAAAGACAGCCAGCAAACAGAGUGAGAAGAAGAGGCCAAGACACUUUACGAGGACCCAAUGUCUGUGGCUCGAGGUUCCACUCCUACUGCUGCCCCGGCUGGAAAACGCUGCCCGGAGGGAACCAGUGCAUUGUCCCAAUUUGCAGGAAUUCUUGUGGUGACGGAUUUUGUUCACGGCCAAACAUGUGUACGUGCUCCAAUGGACAACUUUCUCCCAACUGUGGCUCAGGUGGAGUCCAAACCUGCAAUGUGAGGUGCAUGAAUGGUGGGAGCUGCAACGAGGAGUCCUGCCUCUGCCAGAAAGGCUAUACUGGAACAUACUGUGGACAGCCUGUCUGUGAAAACGGCUGUCAGAAUGGAGGUCGAUGCAUUGGACCGAACCGUUGUGCUUGCGUCUAUGGAUUCACCGGUCCCCAGUGUGAGAGAGACUAUCGUACUGGUCCCUGCUUUAGCCAAGUAAAUAACCAGAUGUGCCAGGGCCAACUCAGUGGGAUCGUCUGCACCAAGACCAUGUGUUGUGCCACCAUUGGACGGGCCUGGGGUCACCCAUGUGAGAUGUGCCCUGCCCAACCUCACCCCUGCCGCCGAGGUUUCAUUCCCAACAUUCGUACUGGAGCCUGCCAAGACGUGGAUGAAUGUCAAGCCAUUCCUGGCCUCUGUCAAGGUGGUAACUGCAUCAACACGGUGGGUUCUUAUGAGUGCAAAUGCCCUGCGGGACACAAGCAGAGCGAGACCAGCCACAGGUGUGAAGAUGUGGAUGAGUGUGGCGCAAUCUCUGGCGUGUGUGAUGGUGGCGAGUGCACCAACACAGCAGGCAGCUACGUGUGCACAUGUCCACGUGGUUUCAUGACCAGCCCUGACGGAUCACGCUGCAUUGACCAGCGGAUUGGGACGUGUUUCUCUGCUCUGAUCGGGGGCCGCUGUGCCGGGGACCUCCCUGGCCAGUACACCAAGAUGCAGUGCUGCUGUGACUCGGGGCGUUGCUGGGCCAUUGGUCAGACUCCAGAGAUGUGCCCUGUCCGGGGGUCUGAUGAGUACCGCAGGCUUUGCAUCGAAGGACUCCCAGUCGUGCCAGGGUUCCCUGGGAGCUUUCCAGGAAUUCCUGGAUUCGGGCCCAAUGGUGUUGGGCCGGGACUCAACGGGCCUGGAGGCAUCGGACCAAAUGGGGCAAAUGGACAAGGCGGGAUCCCAGGUCUGCCUGGAAUGGGCCCAGGAAGUUCAAGCAUUGGAACCGCCACUUUGAAUCAGACCAUUGACAUCUGCAAGCAUUUCACUAACCUCUGCCUGAACGGACGCUGCAUCCCCACCCCAUCCAGCUACCGCUGUGAGUGCAACAUGGGGUACAAGCAGGACGUGCGCGGAGAGUGCAUUGAUGUGGAUGAGUGCUCCAGCAGCCCCUGCGUGCAUGGUGACUGCGUGAACACACCUGGCUCCUACCACUGCAAGUGCCACGAAGGUUUCCAGAGCACCCCCACAAAGCAGGCCUGCAUCGAUAUUGAUGAGUGCAUCAUGAAUGGAGUAAUGUGUAGGAACGGCCGCUGUGUUAACACUGAUGGCAGCUUCCAGUGUAUCUGCAAUGCUGGCUUUGAAAUCACCCCUGAUGGCAAGAACUGUGUCGAUCAUGAUGAAUGUGCCACGACUAACAUGUGCCUCAACGGGAUGUGUAUCAAUGAGGACGGCAGCUUCAAAUGUAUCUGCAAGCCUGGUUUUGUGCUGGCUCCCAACGGGCGGUACUGUGUCGACAUCGACGAGUGCGAGACGCCAGGAAUCUGUAUGAAUGGCUGGUGCAUUAACACAGAGGGCUCCUUCCGCUGCGAGUGCCUCGGGGGCCUGGCUAUCGGGGUGGAUGGACGAGUCUGCGUGGACACCCACAUGCGCAGCACCUGCUAUGGAGGCAUUAAAAAGGGCACGUGCGCUCGUCCCUUUCCGGGAGCGGUCACCAAGUCCGAGUGUUGCUGUGCUAACCCAGACCAUGGCUUUGGAGAGCCCUGCCAACCCUGUCCAGCCAAAAACUCUGCUGAAUUCCAGGCACUCUGCAGCAGCGGCAUUGGAAUAACAGCUGACGGCAGAGACAUCAAUGAAUGUGCCCUCAACCCAGAUAUCUGCCCCAAUGGCAUGUGCGAGAACCUGCGUGGAAGCUACCGCUGUAUCUGCAACCUGGGCUAUGAGUCAGAUCCCACGGGCAAGAACUGCGUGGACGUUGAUGAAUGCACUGUCAAUCGUUUGCUGUGUGACAAUGGACUGUGCCGCAACACACCCGGCAGCUACACCUGCACCUGCCCCAAGGGCUUUGUCUUCAGGACGGAGACAGAUACCUGUGAAGAUAUCAAUGAGUGCACCUCUAACCCUUGUGUGAACGGCGUCUGCAGGAACAAUGCUGGCUCCUUCGCUUGCGAGUGCUCCCCAGGCAGCAAGCUGGACCCCAGUGGCACCAUCUGCGUGGACAGCAUGAAAGGGACAUGCUGGCUGAACAUCCAGGAUGGGCGUUGCGAGGUGAACAUCAACGGGGCCACGCUGAAAUCGGAGUGCUGUGCUACUCUGGGGGCAGCGUGGGGCAGCCCCUGUGAGCGCUGUGAGAUCGAUACUGCCUGUCCCCGAGGAUAUGCUAGGAUGAAGGGGGUCACGUGUGAAGAUGUGAAUGAGUGUGAGGUCUUCCCUGGCGUCUGCCCAAACGGACGCUGUGUGAACACGGCUGGCUCCUUUCGGUGCGAGUGUCCAGAAGGACUGACCCUUGACGGCACUGCUAGGACGUGUGUGGACGUGCGUGUGGAACAGUGCUACAUGAAGUGGGAUGAAGAUGAGUGCACGGAGCCUCUGCCAGGCAAGUACCGGAUCGACAUGUGCUGCUGUUCUGUGGGCUCAGCCUGGGGCAUCGAUUGUGAAGAAUGUCCCAAGAUCGGCUCCAGCGAGUACAAGGCCAUCUGCCCGAGGGGACCCGGCUUUGCCAACCGAGGAGACGUGCUUUCAGGAAGGCCCUUCUACAAAGAUGUGAAUGAAUGUAAGGUCUUCUCUGGCCUGUGCACUCAUGGGACCUGUCGAAACACCAUUGGCAGCUUCAGGUGUCUCUGUGGCAACGGCUUUGCUUUGGAUGCUGAGGAAAGGAACUGCACAGACAUCGAUGAGUGCCGCAUCUCACCAGACCUGUGUGGCCACGGCACCUGUGUCAACACGCCGGGCAGCUUCGAGUGCGAGUGCUUCGAAGGCUACGAGAGUGGCUUCAUGAUGAUGAAAAACUGCAUGGAUAUCAAUGAGUGCGAGCGGGACCCGCUGCUGUGCCGAGGUGGGAUCUGCAUGAACACAGAUGGCAGCUUUGAAUGCAUCUGCCCCCCUGGACAUGAGCUGACUUCUGAAGGGAACACUUGCAUAGAUAUCAACGAAUGCUCCCUUAGCGACAACCUGUGUCGCAACGGACGCUGCGUCAACGUCAUCGGUACCUACCAGUGCGCGUGUGAUUCGGGCUUCCAGGCCACACUGGACAGGCAGGGCUGUGUCGACAUUGAUGAGUGCACCAUAACCAACGGCGGCUGUGACACACACUGCUCCAACUCGGAGGGCAGCUAUGAAUGCAGCUGCAGUGAAGGCUACGCAUUGAUGCCAGACAAGAGAUCGUGUGCAGAUAUUGAUGAAUGUGAGGAUAAUCCAGACAUCUGUGAUGGUGGGCAGUGCACUAACAUCCCUGGGGAGUACCGCUGCCUCUGCUUCGAUGGCUUCAUGGCAUCCCUGGACAUGAAGACCUGUAUCGAUGUGAACGAAUGUGAUCUCAACCCUAACAUCUGUCUGCACGGCGAGUGUGAAAACACAAAGGGCUCCUUUAUCUGUCACUGCCAGCUGGGCUACUUCGUCAAGAAGGGAACCACGGGCUGCACAGACAUUGAUGAAUGCGAGAUCGGGGCUCACAACUGCGACAUGCACGCCUCCUGCAUCAACGUGCCCGGGAGCUUCAAAUGCAAGUGUCGCCCAGGCUGGCUUGGAGAUGGGCUGAAGUGCAAUGAUCUGGACGAGUGUGCAACUGAAGAGCACAAGUGCAACCUGAAUGCCAACUGCGUCAACACACCAGGCUCCUACCGCUGUGCCUGCCGAGAAGGCUUCAACGGGGAUGGCUUCUCCUGCUCAGAUGUGGACGAGUGUGCAGACAAUGUGAACCUGUGUGAGAAUGGACAGUGUCUCAAUGCACCUGGGGGUUACCGCUGCGAGUGCGAGAUGGGCUUCAAUCCCACGGAGGACAGCAAGGCCUGCCAGGACAUUGAUGAAUGCACCUUCCAAAAUAUCUGUGUCUUUGGGACCUGCCAGAACCUGCCCGGGAUGUUCCGCUGCGCCUGUGAUGAUGGCUAUGAACUGGACAGGAGCGGAGGCAACUGCACAGACAUCAAUGAAUGUGCAGACCCUGUGAACUGUAUCAACGGCCUGUGUGUCAACACCCCUGGCAGCUACCUGUGCAACUGUCCACAGGACUUCGAGCUGAACCCCACUGGUGUGGGCUGUGUGGAUACCCGUGUUGGGAACUGCUUCCUGGACACCCAGGAUCGAGGAGAUGGGGGGAUCUCCUGCAGCGCAGAAAUUGGAGUUGGGGUCACUCGGGCAUCCUGCUGCUGCUCCCUGGGUCGUGCAUGGGGCAACCCCUGCGAGCUUUGUCCUCCAGCCAACACGACCGAGUACAAGACCUUGUGCCCUGGAGGAGAAGGUUUCCGGCCCAACCCCAUCACUGUCAUCCUGGAAGAUAUCGACGAGUGCCAGGAGCUGCCAGGCCUCUGCCAGGGCGGCAACUGCGUGAACACUUUUGGCAGCUUCCAGUGUGAGUGCCCCCUCGGCUACUACCUCAAUGAGGACACACGCAUCUGUGAAGAUAUUGAUGAGUGCUCUGCUCACAUUGGGAUCUGCGGCCCUGGGACCUGCUACAACACCCUCGGCAACUACACCUGCGUGUGCCCCCCUGAGUACAUGCAAGUCAACGGAGGAAAUAACUGCAUGGUGCCCGAGCACCAGGACAGGACAGGGUGGCAUACCCCCAGCAAUGAGUGCUCUGGGGCCGGCAGCACCCAUUCCUGGGGCUGGCACAAGAUGCUGUGCUAUCGCAACUACAACGACACGUGUGAGAACGAGCUCUCCUUCAACAUGACCAAGAAGAUGUGCUGCUGCUCCUACAACAUUGGCAAGGCCUGGAACAAGCCAUGCGAGCCCUGCCCCACACCAGCCAGCCCCGAGUACCAGAUCCUGUGUGGGAACCAGGCCCCUGGGUUUAUCAUCGACAUCCACACAGGGAAGCCGAUCGAUAUUGAUGAGUGCAGUGAGAUCCCUGCUAUCUGCACGAACGGUGUCUGCAUCAACCAAAUUGGCAGCUUCAGGUGCGAGUGUCCCAUUGGAUUCAGCUACAACAACAUCCUGCUCAUCUGCGAAGACAUCGAUGAAUGCAGCAGUGGGGAGAACCUCUGCCAGCGCAACGCCGACUGCAUCAACAUCCCGGGCAGUUACAGGUGCGAAUGCUCAACUGGAUACAAGCUGUCGCCUAGCGGAGCCUGCGUGGGUCGCAACGAAUGCCAGGAGAUCCCCAAUGUCUGCAGCCAUGGGGACUGCGUUGACACCGAGGGCAGCUACGUCUGCAUCUGCCACAACGGCUUCAAGGCCACAGGGGAGCAGACCAUGUGCAUGGAUAUUGAUGAGUGUGACCGACAGCCCUGUGGAAACGGGACCUGCAAGAACACGGUUGGCUCCUACAACUGCCUCUGCUUCCCUGGCUUUGAGCUAACGCACAAUAACGACUGCAUGGACAUUGAUGAGUGUUCAUCCCUGGUGGGGCAGGUGUGUCGAAACGGCCAGUGCAUCAACAGCAUCGGCUCCUUCCAGUGCCUGUGCCAAGAGGGGUAUGACCGGACCCCUGAUGGGAAGAACUGUGUAGACAUCAACGAGUGCGUGAGCCUGCCUGGGACCUGCUCCCCGGGCACCUGCCAGAACCUGGAGGGCUCCUUCCGCUGUAUCUGCCCCCCUGGGUACGAGGUGCAGAACGACAACUGCAUCGAUAUCAACGAGUGUGAAGAGGAGCCCAACAUCUGCCUUUUCGGGACAUGCACCAAUACCCCUGGCAGCUUCCAGUGUGUCUGCCCUCCAGGCUUUGUGCUGUCUGAUAACGGCCGACGGUGCUUUGAUACUCGCCAGAGCUUCUGCUUCACUCGCUUUGACAACGGAAAGUGCUCUGUCCCCAAGGCCUUCAACACCACCAAGGCUCGGUGUUGCUGCAGCAAGAUGCCAGGAGAAGGCUGGGGAGACCCCUGUGAGCUGUGCCCGCAGGAAGGAAACGUUGCCUUCCAGGAGCUGUGUCCAUAUGGCCAUGGAGCCAUCCCAGGCCCAGGUGACACCCGAGAAGAUGUUAAUGAGUGCUCAGAGAACCUGGGUGUCUGCAUAAAUGGGGCCUGCAUUAACACCGAUGGGUCCUUCCGCUGCGAGUGCCCCUUUGGGUACAACCUGGACUACACUGGAGUCAACUGCGUGGAUACCGAUGAAUGCUCCAUUGGCAACCCUUGUGGGAACGGCACCUGCACCAACGUGGUGGGCGGCUUCGAGUGCGCCUGUGAUGAGGGCUUUGAGCCAGGUCCCAUGAUGACAUGCGAAGAUAUCAAUGAAUGCGCACUGAAUCCCCUGCUCUGUGCCUUCCGCUGCAUCAACACCUUUGGCUCCUACGAGUGCACCUGCCCAUCGGGAUACGCCCUCCGAGAAGACAGAAGAAUGUGCAGAGAUCUGGAUGAGUGUGCAGAGGGACUGCACGACUGCGAGUCUCGAGGGAUGCUGUGCAAGAAUCUCAUUGGCACCUUCAUGUGCAUCUGCCCACCAGGAAUGCAACGCAGGCCCGAUGGAGAGGGCUGCACAGAUGAGAACGAGUGUCGCACCAAGCCUGGAAUCUGCCCCAACGGCCGCUGCAUCAACACGGUGGGAAGUUACCGCUGUGACUGCAAUGAAGGUUUUGAAGUCAGCCCCUCUGGCACAGAGUGUAUUGACACCCGCCAGGGAUUCUGCUUCACUGAAGUACUGCAAACCAUGUGCCAGAUGUCCUCCACCAACCGCAACCUGGUUACCAAAUCUGAGUGCUGCUGCAACAGCGGGCGCAGCUGGGGCCCCCAGUGUGAACUCUGCCCCCUUCCUGGAACUGCCCAGUACAAGAAAAUGUGUCCUCAUGGGCCAGGGUACUCCACUGAUGGGAGAGACAUCGACGAGUGCAAGGUACUGCCCAACCUCUGCAAGAACGGACAGUGCAUCAACAGCAUCGGCUCCUUCCAGUGCCACUGCAGGCUGGGCUACACCGCAGAUAUCACAGGCACAGCCUGUGUGGAUUUGGAUGAGUGUAACCAGUCCCCUAAGCCGUGUAACUUCAUCUGCAAGAACACAGAAGGCAGCUACCAGUGCUCCUGCCCCCGAGGGUACAUUCUGCAAGAAGAUGGGAAGAUCUGCAAAGACUUGGAUGAAUGUUCCACCAAGCAGCACAACUGCCAGUUCCUCUGUGUGAACAUUAUCGGAGGAUUCAACUGCAAAUGCCCCCCAGGCUUCACUCAGCACCACUCAUCCUGCAUCGACAAUAAUGAGUGCACAGCUCAGCCCUCUCUGUGUGGAGCCAAAGGACAGUGUCUGAACACGCCAGGCAGCUACAACUGCGAGUGUCAGAAAGGAUUCUCUCUGGACAGCUCUGGUGUCAACUGCGAAGAUGUGGACGAGUGUGAUGGAAACCAUCGGUGCCAGCAUGGCUGCCAGAACGUGCUGGGAGGCUACCGCUGCGGCUGUCCGCAGGGCUACGUGCAGCACUACCAGUGGAAUCAGUGUGUGGAUGAAAACGAGUGCUCCAGCCCCACUGCUUGCGGCUCUGCCUCCUGCUACAACACUCUGGGAAGCUUCAAGUGCGUCUGCCCAUCCGGCUUCGAUUUUGACCAGGCAUUUGGGGGGUGCCAGGAUGUGGAUGAAUGCUCGGCAGGCGGCAGCCCCUGCAGUUACGGCUGCUCCAACACAGACGGAGGCUAUCUCUGCGGCUGUCCUGGAGGCUACUUCCGAGCAGGACAAGGACACUGUAUUUCUGGCUUGGGUUUUGGGAAAGGUUCCUACCUUCCUGCCCCCCAAGAAGAGGAUGAAGACAACCUGCUCUCCCCUGAAACCUGCUAUGAGUGCAAGAUAAAUGGCUACCCCAAGAGGGGUCGGCAGCGACGCAGUGUCAACGGCACUGAGAAGCACCAGGAUCACACUGUGAACUUGGCCAGCAUGGAUGUGGAUGCUCCUCUGUCCAUGAUGCUGAACCUCUCUGACCUGGCUCACAAGGAGCACAUCCUGGAGCUCCUGCCAGCUGUGGAGCCCCUGGAGAACCGUGUGCGGUACCUCAUCUCCCACGGGAAUGAGGAUGGCUACUUCCGCAUCCACCAAAAAGAGGGGCUCAGCUACCUGCACCUCGGCCGCAAGAAAAUAGUGCCUGGCACCUACCUGCUGGAAAUCGUGAGUGUGCCCCUGUACCGCAAGAGGGAACUGCAGAAACUAGAGGCCAAGAACCACCUCAACUACUUAGCAGGGGAGCUGGGCCAAGCACUGAGGAUGAAGCUCCAGCUCCAGCUCUACUAA